AUGACUCGUACAAAACAAACUACACCUAGCGUUGUUAAACAUGACCGCCAUCCUCAAAGAAAUGGAUUUACGGAUCCUCGUGGUAUGGUAAAAAAGGAUGGAGCAGGACAACAUAAUUGGGGUAAGACUGUGGAUGAUGAAUUCGACGAUGAGCAUGAUAUAUAUGAAGAAGGGCAGAUGAAUUUGAAGUGCUUCAACAUGCCUCCAAUGAAACCAAUUCAACCAGAAGUUAAUACUGGUGCUUCAUCACCAAAUUUUGAACAAGAAUUCUCUACAGCCACCAACAACAACAUGCCAAUCGACUCUAGAACUAUAUAA